AACACCAACACAUCAAAUUCAGUUGAAGGUCCUGAAAGAGAAAAAAUCUGUUUGAUUGGAAUUAUAAAAGUUUUAUAGUUUUAUUUCCCUCAAGAGGGCAAUAAAAACUGGGAGGCGCUUCAGUCAAUGUGUGGAUAAGAGGAGGAGGAGUAUCUCAGAUGCAUAACCAUACAGUAACAGUAAGAAGAUAUCCAGAGAGACAAUACUCAAACAAGAGUUCACAUGAAUCUGGUUUCAGGGACCCCUGAUGUAAAGCCACUAUGCUACACCUGUGGCCUCUAGGAAUCAUCCACAAGAAAGACGAGAAAGUCACAAUGGGAAGCUGCAACCUACCAGGAAAUGAUGCCUCACAAGAACUUAAUAUUUUGCUCGUUGGUCCCAGACGGACAGGCAAGAGCUCUACUGGUAACACCCUGCUGGGCCGGGGUCAGGUUUUUGAAACCAGAGGAGGCAUGGCUAGCACGGCUGCCAGCGCCAUCACCUCUGGACGUCAGGUGAGCGUGGUGGACUCACAGGGUUGGGGUUCAUCUGAGGAGUUUGUCCCACGAGAGGAGAAAGCUGAACUGCUGAGAGCUUUGUCUCUCUGUGGGCCUGGAGGGCCUCAUGUUAUUCUAUUAGUGGUUCCUCUGCUGGACUUCACUGAGCCUGAGAGGAGAGCGGUGGAGAGGAGGAUGGAGAUCUUGACCUCUACCGUCUGGAGACACACUAUGGUGUUGUUCACAUGUGGAGACUGGCUGAGUCAAGGAGGGCGCAGUGUGAAGGAGCACAUCCAAUCAGGAGGCCCCGCCUUGCAUUGGCUGUUAGAGAAGUGUCGCUAUCGGUACCACGUGUUCGAUAACAAGGCAGCUGUCACUGGCAAGCAGGAGGUGAAGGGAGAUCAGAAGAAAAAGGAAUGGACUUUGCGGAAGACAAACGACAACGAGGCAGGAAGCACAGGAGGUGAGGCUAAUGGGAGAAAGGAAGCAGAGCAGGAGCAGGUGAGAGAGCUGCUGAGUAAAGUGGGGGACAUCUUGCAGGAGAACGGAGGAUGGCACUUCUCCCUUCACAUGUACCAAAGGCUGGAGGAGGAAUGGAGCCUCAGAGAGCAGGAGCUGAGAGCUCGACUGGAGGCAGAGACGGAUGUGAAGAGCAAACAAAAGACAGCAGAGACGAAGAUAAACAUGGAUCCAGAGAAGGAGCAGAGGUUAGAGAUGGAAGACGAAGAGCUGGAAGACCGCCUGAGGAAAGAGCAAGAUAACAAGGAGGAAUGUGUGGAAAGGAAGAUGAAUAGAGGGGAAGAUAAAGAGGAGAGAGCGAAUGUAGAGCUUAAGAGACUGUGCAGUGAGGAGGACGGGUGGGAUACAAGCUCCGACAGUAGAGGAGAGAGGGAGCAGAGCAGUGACGCGAAAACUGCAAUGAUAGCUGCAUUUUGGCCUAAUGUGGGUCAAAGGUUAGCCUUCAGUCCAUUCAAAAGGUUUGCCUAAAGUCCAGCUGAACCCUACCACAGUGACCUGUGACAUCUGCAGUUAAAAGUGACACAUUUAUUCUUUCUUGCUGUGAAUCCUUGAAAACUCUUGUCAUGUGAUGAUCCACCAGCAAUAAACCUAAAAACAACUGCAGGUCAUCACACAGGGCUUCAGAGGCUAGAUUUAUAAUGUUAAUAUGGAUGUUAGAACCAUUUCCUGCCCCACAGAGACAACUGCACUAUUGUUGGACAUUUUGUGACAUCGUGUCUGCACUGUAAAACCGGACGCUACGGCCAGCAGCUGGUUAGCUAUGCUUAGCACAAAGACAGAAAACAAGUUCAAACAGCUAGCCUGGUUGUUUACAAUAUAUAUAAAGCUAUUUGGUGAUUUUCCAUGUAUAAUUUUUCGUCAUGCUGCUGACUUUAUACUGUUUAAAACUGCUAUUAAUGAUAAAUUAUACAUCUGCACCACAUGCUAUUUUUUGUCACAUGUUCAGUUCCCAUGCAGGUUUGUAAUUAAAAAGCCUUUCACAGCAGGAUUGCUUAAAUUAUAUUGGUUUUACUUCUAAAAUCAUCAGGAAUGUGAGACAUUGUGUGAUCCCAGACCUCAGCUCUCUCCCUAAUUAUGUACAGUACAUUCCCAAACACUGGGAAUGCUUCUGUUAUCCUAGAGGUAAUUAAAAUUUUAUUUUCUCGCUUGUGAAAGGCAGAUGCUUAAAAAAAGAAGCUGUUAUCCAUGAAAAAGUUAGAAAAUAAACUAAAGCAGAGGGGUUGAGAUUGUCAUUAUCAUUCUAUUAUACUUUUUGCUUUUUCAAUUUGCAAAAAUGAGGCAAUCACUGUCACUGCAUGCAGGUUUUUAUGGCAGAACUGAGGGACGAGUGGUCUGCCACCCAUUUCAUUACAUCUGAACAAAUUGUCAAUUGGCUUCAGGGAAUUGCUGUCUCUCUUCCACUGACGCAGACAGUUAAUCCUCAUCUCUGGCUCGCAGUCAUGAUGCCAUGCAAGGUCAGUCGUGUUGUAACCAACGAGGUCAGUGUCAGCCUGGGACAUCAGGCAGGGCCAGAAAAGCCCAAAAUGCGCAAAAUCAGAUUAAAAAAUAUCUCUAUCCCUUGGAUUGGGAUUGGUUCAGUUCGUCGAAACUGUAAAGCAAUUAUUAAA